AUGGAAAUUGGAAACUAUUCACGACUUUCAACAUAUUUCACAUUUAAACGGAAUAUCGGUUUUUACUUGAUCCAAAUCUACUUCCCCUCAUCGUUAAUCGUUGUUAUCUCCUGGGUAUCGUUUUGGCUUAAUCGUGAUGCAACGCAAGCUCGUGUUGCAAUCGGUGUGACAACUGUCCUGACAAUGACAACACUAAUGACUUCAACAAAUGCCUCAUUACCAAAGGUAUCAUAUGUGAAAAGUCUUGACAUAUUCCUGGGAGUAUGCUUCUUUAUCGUAUUUGCAUCGUUAUUAGAGUAUGCAGCAAUUGGCUAUCUGAUGAAACGAUAUCGAAGCUAUACGGGUAGCGGUGGAGCAACAACAACCAUGUGUUACUACGAAAUGGCCGAAAACUCACCAAUGGUCAGGAGGACACGUCCAGCUAGGCGGAAGCGGUGUAGCAUUGUUAGUGAGGUUGAUCUAAUAUCCCGAAUUGCAUUCCCAACUUUCUUCAUUGUCUUUCACAUCGUCUACUGGACUGUUUAUUUGUAUUUGUGA